UCCAGUGGGUUAGUGACAGCCAGGCUUGCUGUGAAGAUGGCGUUCAAAGCGAUCAAGGGGAAGGUGAACGGAGUCCUGAACGAAAUUUCCUCCUCCGUGAGUGGAUCCAAAGCUGUGGCCCGGGAGCACGUACAAGCCGUUAGCCGGGACUACAUCUCCCAACCUCGGCUCACAUAUAAGACUGUGUCUGGUGUCAAUGGGCCUCUUGUCAUCUUGGAUCAGGUGAAGUUUCCAAAGUAUGCAGAGAUUGUUCACCUGACCCUUCCAGAUGGCAACAAAAGAAGUGGACAGGUUUUGGAAGUCAGUGGCUCAAAAGCUGUGGUGCAGGUUUUUGAAGGGACCUCCGGUAUCGAUGCCAAAAAGACAAGUUGUGAAUUUACAGGCGAUAUCCUGCGAACGCCAGUAUCAGAAGACAUGCUUGGUCGCGUGUUCAAUGGUUCAGGAAAACCUAUUGACAGGGGCCCAACAGUUCUGGCUGAAGAUUAUUUGGACAUUAUGGGCCAGCCCAUUAACCCCCAGUGCCGUAUCUACCCAGAAGAGAUGAUCCAGACAGGUAUUUCCGCAAUCGAUGGGAUGAACAGUAUUGCCAGAGGACAGAAGAUUCCCAUCUUUUCUGCAGCCGGAUUGCCACACAAUGAGAUUGCUGCACAGAUCUGUCGCCAAGCUGGUCUGGUUAAGAAGUCCAAAGAUGUGAUGGAUUACAGUGAAGACAACUUUGCCAUUGUGUUUGCUGCUAUGGGUGUAAAUAUGGAAACUGCAAGAUUCUUCAAGUCCGACUUUGAAGAAAAUGGUUCAAUGGACAAUGUAUGUCUUUUCCUGAACUUGGCUAAUGAUCCAACAAUUGAGCGCAUCAUCACUCCUCGCCUGGCUCUCACCACAGCAGAGUAUCUGGCGUAUCAGUGUGAGAAGCAUGUUCUGGUUAUUCUGACUGACAUGAGCUCGUAUGCAGAAGCUUUGAGAGAGGUUUCUGCUGCCAGAGAAGAGGUGCCAGGACGCCGGGGCUUCCCUGGUUACAUGUACACUGAUUUGGCCACCAUUUACGAGAGAGCUGGCCGAGUUGAGGGCAGGAAUGGGUCUAUUACACAGAUUCCUAUUCUAACCAUGCCCAACGAUGAUAUUACUCACCCCAUCCCUGAUCUGACUGGGUACAUCACUGAAGGUCAGAUUUAUGUAGACAGGCAACUGCACAACAGACAGAUCUACCCCCCGAUCAACGUGUUGCCCUCUCUGUCUCGCUUGAUGAAGUCUGCCAUUGGGGAGGGAAUGACCAGGAAAGAUCAUGCCGAUGUGUCCAAUCAGCUGUAUGCUUGUUACGCCAUUGGUAAAGAUGUCCAGGCAAUGAAAGCAGUGGUGGGUGAGGAGGCUCUGACUCCAGAGGACUUGCUUUAUCUGGAGUUCCUGCAUAAGUUUGAAAAGAACUUCAUUGCUCAAGGUCCCUACGAGAACCGCACAGUAUAUGAAACCCUGGACAUCGGUUGGCAGCUUAUGCGUAUCUUCCCCAAGGAGAUGCUGAAACGAAUCCCACAAAGCACCCUGGCCGAAUUCUACCCCCGAGACUCCAAGCAUUAGCUUGAGCCUCGAGCUCUCUGUUCCUCCAUGCUAUCUUAUCAAAAGAGCUUUCUUUUUCACCCUUGUUGUUGUAUCUUGUUAAUUCCUUGUGAAGCAAAAUGAACAUAUUGUGAAUAGUGUUUUCAGCUGAAGUUUACCUAACAGAGUUUAAAAUACCUAUAAAUGCUACGUGGAGACUGUUAAAACAUGGAUUGGUUUACCAAAGUGACCUCGGUACCCAAACACUCACGUGCAAAAAUAGAGAGACAAGGAAAAUCAAUGGAUU